GUUUAAUUUAAAAAAAAAUAAUAAUAAGUAUGAAUAUCCGUUGUGCUGAAUUAGAAGCUAUAUAUUUCUGUCAGAAAUACUUUAAACCACAUGAGAAUACAUUAUUGUUUUUAUCACACCUUGGUGAUCCAAGAAAUGCAUUUUUAGUGCUGUUUCCUUUGACUUACUGCUUCGAAAAAUAUUUGGGUUUGAAGAUUAUUUGGACUUUAGCAAUUACAGAAUGGUUAAAUGCAAUUCUAAAGUGGUGCGUUCUUGGUGAUCGACCAUAUUGGUUGGAUGGAAAAGCUUGCAAUUCUUCAAUACAACUCAAGCAAUUUUACAUUACUUGUGAAACAGGACCUGGUUUUCCGUCUGGGCAUGUUAUGUCCUACACUUCAUCAAGUAUACUACUACUUCUUCAUUUUUAUGAUAUAUUUCGCGAAAGGAAGGUCAAAAUAGCGUUUCUCGUUAUUUCGGUUCCAGUUUUUUUAACUUCAAUGUUUCUAUUAUCUUUGUCGCGUGUUUAUAUAGCUGCUCACUUCCCACAUCAAGUUUUAGCUGGUGCUUUAUUUGGAGUGUUAAUUGCUUUGUUCUUACAUAUCACAAGCAAAUGUUUGCCUUUUAUAAUUUUUAACUAUAUGGCUGCUCCCGUUGGGAUUGUAUUGAUUGCAAUUGCUUAUUCAUUAUAUUAUAUAUUAUUUUUCUUUGAUUUUAAUCCAUCCUCAACUGUAAAGUUAGCGCUUCAAUUUUGCAAGUUGCGGGAAUGGGUACACUUAGACACGACAUUGUUUAGUGCUGUAAUUAGAGAUGCUGGUUGUUUAUGUAGUAUUGGUUUUGCGAGUACAUGUUUUAUGUUCGUAUCUGGAAAAGUUGAACCAGAUUCGUUUUUUCGCAAUAAUCGACAAUUCUGUAAAAUGACCGAUUUGAUUAGCGCUUUAAUAGUUUGUCUUUCAGUAUAUUUUAUCUUUACGACAAGUAUAUCUCAAAAUAAUAUAUUAUGGUUUUACGCUUGCUUUUUUAUUAAAAACUUUUUUCUACCAUUGUAUGUGUUUGCAGUUAAAUAUGCUUUAGAAAUUAUGUUUAGACAUGUUUUUAAAUUUCAGUUUAAACAACAUAAGAUUUUAUAAUUUUGUUUUGAAUUACAGAGAUAAUUUUGAAUUACAGAAAUAUCAUCUCGAUAAUUCAAUAGUUAACAAAAUGUGUUUAGUUUGUAGAUCAAUAAUUGUAAUAUUUCAUUAAA